AUUUUCACUUUUAUACCCACAAACUCAUCAAGAAGCAAGCCAGAUGAGAUGUGUGCAACAAAGGCAACAACAAGAGCCUACUGUAUCAAAGUCUUAAUCCUUACCCUAUUUUUGGAUGCCUUGUCAUCUUUAAUGGCACAUGACUGUCACCGUAAUUUGGAGCCAAUAUGGCAGGCAGAUGUAGGAUCCUCUCCGGUUGUGUCAAGUCCUUUGGUGGCAGACUUGAAUGGUGAUAAUGUGAAUGAUGUGUUAGUUACAUCCUUCAAUGGCCAAGUCUCAGUGGUUGAUGGUCGGUCAGGGCAGGAACUUCCUGGGUGGCCUGUGAAUCUUCCAGGAAAAUUGUUAUUUGCAGCACCAUUACUGGUACUUAAACAAUAAGGAAUUAUGUACUAUUGACACUUUGUUAAGUUCUUUGUUUGUCAUUGUUUGUCUCAGGCACAUGUAGGUCACUGUGAUCUUGAUCAUUAAGUGAUGACUACCAUCUGCUACUUAUGCUUCCAUGCGUAAAGGUGGAUAGAAGCCUGCUAACCAUUACCUGCAACCUUUUGAGAUUUAGUCAGUUGCAAAAGGUUACCUGAUCUGGUCUGAUCCAGGUUUUGUGACCGUCUAGUACCCUUUCCCUUCAAACUAGUACCCUUUUCCCUUCAAACCCUACCUCACCAUAAAAUAAUCAAUUUACAAUGGUCCUAGACUUCUGUCUCCUAGCCUGUCUGCAAUCAGGUUCACUUGUGUGAGUUUAGGGGAAAUCUUGAUCAGCCGUAGGCUCGAUUACCAGCGGCUGUUCGGAAAAAUGAGCCCGCACUCAUCCCCCCAAAAGAGCUCUUGGGGGAGGAUCAAAGACCGGACCUGAGGGACGGCGGAAAUCGAGCCUAGAUAAGCCGGUACAUGAGGAAAAGUGAGCAUUUUUCCUCACACUCUAGUGGCUUUCCUCCCAAAAUUUUCCCACAACUUGCACAAGUGACCCUGCUCACAAGCUAGCUAUCUCUCUCCUAGUUUAAAAGCUGUACACCUCUGUCAUUAAAUCAAAGUUUGGUAGUGUAGGUAUGCAGUUCCGUUACGUAUUUUUACCAUAUUUUUACAUGUUGUCCAAAUUGUAGUAUGAUUAUGACAAUGAUGGCAUGCAUGAGGUGUUGCUAGCUACUGCUGAUGGCAUGAUAAUAUUUCUAAAGAGUGAUGGUACCUUUUUAGAUGGAGAAACAUUUCUAGUAAGUUGCAGUCUAUGUAGUGCUAUUUGUCCUGUCAAAGCAUGUAGAUUUGAUGGUAUACAAUGAAGUAUUUUAACAUAAAAAGUAAUUAAGAAGAUUUCCAUAGCAGUUUUAUAAUUUAAAAUCAGUAGCACACACUAACCACUUUCUGAGUAGUGAAUCCAGAAGUCAAACUUUGCAUUCAAUAUUUAUACACUGACCUCCAAAAAAUCUACCCCAUUUUCCAAAUUUUCUUAGGUGUGGACAUUCUACAAGUUCACUAAAACAAACAAGGCCAGUAUAUGAGAAAUCCUGUCCCAAAAAACAGCUUGUUAUGAACUCAUUAGGCCUUAUUAAACAAUGUUAAUUGUCAAAAGACAGUUUUUAAUUGUGGGAAAAAAGCAGCAAAUUUUAAGCAGACAAGAUUGAUCUAGCCCACUAGCCAGCUCUUCAAGGUGCUCUGAUAGCUGGAUGGAUAAUGAAUGCUAGAGUGCCCCGAAGAGCCUGCUAGCAGGCUAAGAUUGGUCCAUCUUGCUUUCUAGGCAUAGCUAAUCAGUACACAAGAUGUGAUUAAUAUCUUGUUCCCUUUUGGAGCUAGCCAUAAAUUAUAGAUAAUAUCAUUUUGAAAUAUGUUAUGGUACAUGGUUUUUGUUGUUGUUAAUACACAUAAAUCUUGCAGUCAUAAGCAGCUUGUGGGAACCUUUGAUUAACAACAAGUUAUCAUCUAACACUCCUAGGUUCCACCUUUGGUAAUGAAAAAGGACUGGUUUGUCAUAGAUCCUCAACGUAUUCAAGACAAUGACUACCUCAGAUCUGUAUCUCAACCAACCAAAUCAGCCAGACUUUUGUUGUAUGAAGAGUUUAUUGUCAAGCAAGACCCUCUUAUGGUACAUGUAACCUUGUACUAAUUUUCAUUCAGUACACACUUAUCUUAAGUCAGUGUUAUUUUUAGUGGUCUUCUAUAACAUUGAUUACACCUACAAUCAGGGACAAAAGUAAUAAUUGACACAUUCUCGAUUGUCAAAAUGCUGCAGCAACCGGCACUAUUGCCGGCUACUUUGAGGUUUUUGCCACCUGUAAAUUGUUGGAGAAAAGCGAAAAAAUGGACCAUUAAAAAAGAUGUAAGAUAGAAAAAAAAAGGAAAUUGUUUUAAUCAUGCCCUGCAUUGUUCUUUUUUGUGAAACAUGUAUCACAAGUAAAACACAUAUUACUAGUGAUAUGUGUUCCUGGAGUAGGUGUAAAGGUGUAGAGAUAUCACUAGGGCUAUGUAAAAAUAUCACUAGGGAUAUGUGAUUCCAUGUAGGGGAAACACAUUUCACACCGGACAUGUCACAUGUCACAUAUCACUGUCAUGUCACAGUAACAUGUGUUCCUCCGGUAAUAUAUGAAUUUCCCCUGACACAUAGCCCUAGUGAAAUGUGUAUUCCCUAACCGGGAACAAUUCCUACUGAUAUGUGUUGUUCUACCCAGGGUACACAUAUCACUAUGUCCUAUCCCUUACCUGGGAAACUCAGAUCACUAGUGAUAUGUGUUCCCCCACCAACAAAACACAUAUCCCUAUUGAUAUGUGUUGCCCCACCUAGAAAACACAUAUCCCUGGUGAUCUGUGUUACCCUACCCGGGAAACACAUAUAGCAAGUGAUAUGUGUUCCCCCACCUGGGAAACACAUAUAACAAGUGAUAUGUGCUUCCCUACCUGGGAAACACAUAUCGCUAGUGAUAUGUCUUCCCCCACCUAGGAAACACAUAUUCCUAGUGAUAUGUGUUCCCCCACCUGGGAAACACCUAUCCCUAGUAAUAUGUGUUCCCCCACCUGGGAAACACAUAUCUCUAGUGAUAUGUGUUCCCCUACCUGGGAAACACAUAUCCCUAGUGAUAAUUAUGUGUUCCCCUACCUGGAAAACACAUAUCCCUAGUGAUAUGUGUUCCCCCACCUGGAAAACACAUAUCCCUAGUGAUAUGUGUUCCCCUACCUGAGAAACACAUAUCCUUAGUGAUAUGUGUUCCCCCACCUAGGAAAUGCAUAUCCCUAGUGAUAUGUGUUCCCCCACCUGGGAAACACAUAUCCCUGGUAAUAUGUGUUCCCCCACCUGGGAAACACAUAUCCCUACUGAUAUGUGUUCCCCCACCUGGGAAACACAUAUCCCUAGUAAUAUGUGUUCCCCCACCUGGGAAACACAUAUCCCUAGUGAUAUGUGUUCCCCCACCUGGGAAACACAGAUAGUAAGUGAUAUGUUCCCUACCUGGGAAACACAUAUCGCUAGUGAUAUGUCUUCCCCACCUAGGAAACACAUAUUCCUAGUGAUAUGUGUUCCCCACCUGGGUGUUCCCACCUGGGGAAACACCUAUCCCUAGUGAUAUGUGUUCCCCUACCUGGGAAACACGUAUCCCUAGUGAUAAUUAUGUGUUCCUCUACCUGGAAAACACAUAUCCCUAGUGAUAUGUGUUCCCCCACCUGGAAAACACAUAUCCCUAGUGAUAUGUGUUCCCCUACCUGAGAAACACAUAUCCCUAGUGAUAUGUGUUCCCCCACCCAAGAAAUGCAUAUCCCUAGUGAUAUGUGUUCCCCCACCUGGAAAACACAUCUCCCUAGUAAUAUGUGUUCCCCCACCUAGGAAACACAUAUCCCUACUGAUAUGUGUUCCCCCACCUGGGAAACACAUAUCCCUAGUGAUAUGUGUUCCCCCACCUGGGAAACACAUAUCCUUAGUGAUAUGUGUUCCCCUACCUGGGAAACACAUAUCCCUAGUGAUAUGUGUUCCCCCACCUGGGAAACACAUAUCCCUAGUGAUAUGUGUUCCCCCACCUGGGAAACACAUAUCCCUAGUGAUAUGUGUUCCCCCACCUAGGAAAUGCAUAUCCCUAGUGAUAUGUGUUCCCCCACCUGGGAAACACAUAUCCCUAGUAAUAUGUGUUCCCCCACCUGGGAAACACAUAUCCCUACUGAUAUGUGUUCCCCCACCUGGGAAACACAUAUCCCUAGUGAUAUGUGUUCCCCCACCUGGGAAACACAUAUCCCUAGUGAUAUGUGUUCCCCCACCUGGGAAACACAGAUAGUAAGUGAUAUGUGCUCCCCUACCUGGGAAACACAUAUCGCUAGUGAUAUGUCUUCCCCCACCUAGGAAACACAUAUUCCUAGUGAUAUGUGUUCCCCCACCUGGGUGUUCCCACCUGGGAAACACCUAUCCCUAGUGAUAUGUGUUCCCCUACCUGGGAAACACGUAUCCCUAGUGAUAAUUAUGUGUUCCUCUACCUGGAAAACACAUAUCCCUAGUGAUAUGUGUUCCCCCACCUGGAAAACACAUAUCCCUAGUGAUAUGUGUUCCCCUACCUGAGAAACACAUAUCCCUAGUGAUAUGUGUUCCCCCACCCAAGAAAUGCAUAUCCCUAGUGAUAUGUGUUCCCCCACCUGGAAAACACAUAUCCCUAGUAAUAUGUGUUCCCCCACCUAGGAAACACAUAUCCCUACUGAUAUGUGUUCCCCCACCUGGGAAACACAUAUCCCUAGUGAUAUGUGUUCCCCCACCUGGGAAACACAUAUCCUUAGUGAUAUGUGUUCCCCUACCUGGGAAACACAUAUCCCUAGUGAUAUGUGUUCCCCCACCUGGGAAACACAUAUCCCUAGUGAUAUGUGUUCCCCUACCUGGGAAACACAUAUCCCUAGUGAUAUGUGUUCCCCCACCUGUCUUCCCUAGUGAUAUGUCCUCCCUCACCUGAGAAACACAUAUCCCUAGGGAUAUGUGUUCCCCCACCUGGGAAAAACCUAUCCCUAGUGAUAUGUGUUGCCCCACCUGGGAAACACGUAUCCAUAGUAAUAUGUGUUCCCUUACCUGAGAAACACACAUCCCUACUGAUAUGUGUUCCCCUACCUGGGAAACACAUAUCCCUGGUUAUAUGUCUUCCCCCACCUGGGAAACACAUAUCCCAAGUGAAACACCUGGGAAACACUUAUUCCUAAACAGUUAUUCCUAAUGAUAUGUGUUCCCCUACCUGGGAAACACAUAUCCCUAGUGAUAUGUGCUCCUCUCCACCUAGUAAAGACAUAUCCCUCAUAUUCCCCCUCCUGGGAAACACAUAUCCCCAGUGAUAUGUGUUCCCCCACCUGGGAAACACAUAUCCCUAGUGAUAUGUGUUCCCCCACCUGGGAAACACAUAUAGCAAGUGAUAUGUGCUCCCCUACCUGGGAAACACAUAUCACUAGUGAUAUGUCUUCCCCCACCUAGGAAACACAUAUCCCUAGUGAUAUGUGGUCCCCCAACUGGGAAACACCUAUCCCUAGUGAUAUGUGUUCCCCCACCUGGGAAACACAUAUCCCUAGUGAUAAUUAUGUGUUCCCCUACCUGGAAAACACAUAUCCCUAGUGAUAUGUGUUCCCCCACCCAGGAAACGCAUAUCCCUAGUGAUAUGUGUUCCCCCACCUGGAAAACACAUAUCCCUAGUAAUAUGUGUUCCCCCACCUAGGAAACACAUAUCCCUACGGAUAUGUGUUCCCCCACCUGGGAAACACAUAUCCCUAGUGAUAUGUGUUCCCCCACCUGGGAAACACAUAUCCCUAGUGAUAUGUGUUCCCCUACCUGGGAAACACAUAUCCCUAGUGAUAUGUGUUCCCCCACCUGGGAAAAACCUAUCCCUAGUGAUAUGUGUUGCCCCACCUGGGAAACACGUAUCCAUAGUGAUAUGUGUUCCCUUACCUGAGAAACACAUAUCCCUACUGAUAUGUGUUCCCCUAUCUGGGAAACACAUAUCCCUGGUUAUAUGUGUUCCCCCACCUGGGAAACACAUAUCCCUAGUGAUAUGUGUUUCCCGACCUAGGAAACACAUAUCCCUAGUGAUAUGUGUUCCCCCACCUACGAAACACAUAUCCCUAGUGAAACACCUGGGAAACACUUAUUCCUAAACACUUAUUCCUAAUGAUAUGUGUUCCCCUACCUCGGAAACACAUAUCCCUAGUGAUAUGUGCUCCUCUCCACCUAGUAAAGACAUAUCCCUCAUGUUCCCCCUCCUGGGAAACACAUAUCCCUAGUGAUAUGUGUUCCCCUUCCUGGGAAACACAUAUCCCUGGUGAUACGUGUUUCCUCACCUGAGAAACACAUAUCCCUAGUGAUAUGUGUUCCCUCACCUGAGAAACACAUAUCCCUGGUGAUUUGUCUUCCCCCACCUGGGAAACACCUAUCCCUAGUGAUAUGUGUUCCCUCACCUGAGAAACACAUAUUCCUAUUGAUUUGUCUUCCCCCACCUGGGAAACACCUAUCCCUAAUUAUAUGCAUUCCCCUACCUGGGAAACACAUGUCCCUUGUAAUAUGUGUUCCCCUACCUGGGAAACAUAUACAUCCCACCUGGGAAAAACCUAUCCCUAGUGAUAUGUGUUGCCCCACCUGGGAAACACGUAUCCAUAGUAAUAUGUGUUCCCUUACCUGAGAAACACACAUCCCUACUGAUAUGUGUUCCCCUACCUGGGAAACACAUAUCCCUGGUUAUAUGUCUUCCCCCACCUGGGAAACACAUAUCCCAAGUGAAACACCUGGGAAACACUUAUUCCUAAACAGUUAUUCCUAAUGAUAUGUGUUCCCCUACCUGGGAAACACAUAUCCCUAGUGAUAUGUGCUCCUCUCCACCUAGUAAAGACAUAUCCCUCAUAUUCCCCUCCUGGGAAACACAUAUCCCCAGUGAUAUGUGUUCCCCCCACCUGGGAAACACAUAUCCCUAGUGAUAUGUGUUCCCCACCUGGGAAACACAUAUAGCAAGUGAUAUGUGUUCCCCUACCUGGGAAACACAUAUCACUAGUGAUAUGUCUUCCCCCCACCUAGGAAACACAUAUCCCUAGUGAUAUGUGGUCCCUCAACUGGGAAACACCUAUCCCUAGUGAUAUGUGUUCCCCACCUGGGAAACACAUAUCCCUAGUGAUAAUUAUGUGUUCCCCUUACCUGGAAAACACAUAUCCCUAGUGAUAUGUGUUCCCCACCCAGGAAAACACAUAUCCCUAGUGAUAUGUGUUCCCCCACCUGAAAAAACACAUAUCCCUAGUAAUAUGUGUUCCCCCACCUAGGAAACACAUAUCCCCACGGAUAUGUGUUCCCCCACCUGGGAAACACAUAUCCCUAGUGAUAUGUGUUUCCCCACCUGGGAAACACCUAUCCCUAGUGAUAUGUGUACCCCUACUUGAGAAGCACAUAUCCCUUGUGAUAUGUGUUCCCCCACCUGGGAAAAACCUAUCCCUAGUGAUAUGUGUUGCCCCACCUGGGAAACACGUAUCCAUAGUGAUAUGUGUUCCCUUACCUGAGAAACACAUAUCCCUACUGAUAUGUGUUCCCCUAUCUGGGAAACACAUAUCCCUGGUUAUAUGUGUUCCCCCACCUGGGAAACACAUAUCCCUAGUGAUAUGUGUUUCCCGACCUAGGAAACACAUAUCCCUAGUGAUAUGUGUUCCCCCACCUACGAAACACAUAUCCCUAGUGAAACACCUGGGAAACACUUAUUCCUAAACACUUAUUCCUAAUGAUAUGUGUUCCCCUACCUCGGAAACACAUAUCCCUAGUGAUAUGUGCUCCUCUCCACCUAGUAAAGACAUAUCCCUCAUGUUCCCCCUCCUGGGAAACACAUAUCCCUAGUGAUAUGUGUUCCCCUUCCUGGGAAACACAUAUCCCUGGUGAUACGUGUUUCCUCACCUGAGAAACACAUAUCCCUAGUGAUAUGUGUUCCCUCACCUGAGAAACACAUAUCCCUGGUGAUUUGUCUUCCCCCACCUGGGAAACACCUAUCCCUAGUGAUAUGUGUUCCCUCACCUGAGAAACACAUAUUCCUAUUGAUUUGUCUUCCCCCACCUGGGAAACACCUAUCCCUAAUUAUAUGCAUUCCCCUACCUGGGAAACACAUGUCCCUUGUAAUAUGUGUUCCCCUACCUGGGAAACAUAUAUCCCUAGUGAUAUGUGUUCCCCCACCUGGGAAACACAUAUGCCUGGUGAUAUGUGUUCCCCCACCUGGGAAACACAUAUCCCUAUUGAUAUGUGUUCCCAUACCUGCGAAACAUAUAUCCCUAGAGAUAUGUGUUCCCUCACCUGCGAAACACAUAUCCCUAGUGAAACACCUGGAAAACACUUAUUCCUAAACACUUAUUCCUAAUGAUAUGUGUUCCCCUACCUGGGAAACACAUAUCCCUAGUGAUGUGUGCUCCUCUCCACCUAGUAAAGACAUAUCCCUCAUUUUCCCCCUCCUGGGAAACACAUAUGCCUAGUGAUAUGUGUUCCCCCACCUGGGAAACACGUAUCCGUAGUGAUAUGUGUUCCCCUACAAGGGAAACACAUAUCCCUAGUGAUACAUAUUCCCCCACCUAGGAAAUCCAUAUCACUAGUGAUACCUGUUCCCCCACCUGGGAAACACCUCUCGCUAGUGAUAUGUACUCCCCCACCUGGGAAACACGUAUGCCUAGUGGUAUGUUUUUCUCUACCUGAGAAACAGAUAUCCCUAGUGAUAUGUGUUCCCCUUCCUGGGAAACACAUAAUUAUCCUUAAUGAUAUGUGUUCCCCCACCUGGGAAACACAUAUCCUUCCUGAUAUGUGUUCCCCUACCUGGGAAACACAUAAUUAUCCUUAGUUAUAUGUGUUCCCCUACCUGGGAAACACAUAUCCCUAGUGAUAUGUGUUCCCCCACCUGGGAAACACAUAUCCUUCCUGAUAUGUGUUUCCCUACCUGGGAAACACAUAAUUAUCCGUAAUUAUAUGUGUUCCCCCACCUGGGAAACACAUAUCCCUCGUGAUAUGUGUUCCCCCACCUGGGAAACACAUAUCCUUCCUGAUAUGUGUUCCCCUACCUUGGAAACACAUAUCCCUACUGAUAUGUGUGCGCCAUCCUGGGAACCUGGGAAAUACAUACCCCUUGUGAGAUGUGAUCCCCUACCCAGGAAACACAUAUCCAGAGUGCAAGUCUAGCAGUUUAAGUGUUUGGAAAGGCUAUUUCUUAUUUGUAGCAUUUCACUUUGGUAUGAGCUGAUUUCGGGAAAUCAUAGAAAGCACUUUAGAAUAAACCCUUCUAUCAAUGCAUAACUCAGCUGUAUCAUUUUUCCCCAUAGGACAAGAAAGAAGUGUCAAACAAAAGCAGUGGCAAUGGUGACUACACUAUUUGGUCCAGAUACCAGCCUGGUUUGCGCCCAUCCGGUUUGUCCACUGAUGGGUUUACAAUCUUUGUUGACCCACACAUCUUGUCCACCCCAUUCAUUACAGACUUCAAUGGUGAUGGAUCAGAUGAAGAACUCGUUAUUGCUACCAAUUUCUAUUUUGAAGACAAAAGGUAGGUGUCUAUGAACGUCUGGAAUCUAAUCGCCAUUGUAAGGUUGCCAUCAUUCUUAAAAUAACUGAGAAAUUAGGGUACUUCCUCUGCCCUGCAAAUGGGUAGACCUUCGGGUAUGUGUCCCCCCAAUUAGUACUUUCAUGCUAAAUACUUUGACACUCAAAUAAAGUGCAUUUUGCCUCCACUGUCAUUGUCAUUGUCGCACCUUAAGGCGCAAAAGGCCAUCAGUUUCUGUGACAUCAGCUUUUUACUGGACAGGGACAUUAUGCUUAAUCCCCCAAUCGAGAGGAUUAAGGGAUCACAGGUUGGAUCUGAUUUCUACCCUUAUUAACCUGUUCAGCAUGGGUAGCCCUACCAGGAGUGCUAGACCUCAACUGACAAAGGUGAAUGGGUCAUGGAUACAAUGUGCGUGCAAACCUCCUCACCACAUUAACCCUUUAAACCCUGAGAUCAAAAUUAAACUUCUCAUUUGUCACCCCUAUUCAUUUACUACAUAAGUAGUGAGAAUAAGUUAAUAAAAUAUCAAGCAAAUUCAUUUUGUGUGAUCAUGUCUGUAAUUCUCAUAACCACUCUGUUUUACAAAGCAUUGCCAUUACAAGGAGAAAUUUGUUACUGAUCACUCUUCGGGUUUAAAGGGCUAAGGUGCUGACCCCAUCAAGGCAGCUUUUGGGUUGUCAGUGAAGAUUAAUACUUUUAUGUGAAUACAUAGGACAUCAAGAAUUUGUCAAGACAAAAUUACUGGUACCUAGCUAGUGCUUAUAAUUUAUAGAAAGAUUUUGGGUUAUUUUAAGAAAACUUUAAUAAGCUUUAAUAAGUUUUUUUGUCCAUUAACAGCCAAUCUUUUCCAUCUGGACAAGGUUUGCCUUCAGAACAGCUGGAGAAUUAUCUUGGCAGUGCUCUGAUAGUCUUCAAUCUUCAAACAAAGCAGCUGGUAUUUUCUUCUAUUUUGGAGGUCACAAGGGUCAGUAUCCCUUUAUCCUCAUUAGCUAUUUAUUGUAGUAAUUAGAUAAAUAAGCAGGAAGUGAGUAAGUGAUAAAUGUUUCAGUUAGUUUUCAUGGUCAGGUGUAAAACAAAGACUACCACUUAAUUAGGAGGCUCAUGCAUUGCUGUUCGUUUGAGAAUUCUGAUGUUUUUUAUUUGGCCAAGAGAGUGAGCCAAAGAAUAUUAAAGCCAUAAUUUAUUGGAUUUUAAGACACUCUUUCAUUGUGUAUUUGCAAUAUAUGAAAUAUCAUGAAAAACAACCAUCUUGUUGUAUUCAGUUUCAAUUUUACCCUGCCAACAGCUAGACCUUUUGCAUGACUCAGAUGACCACGUAGAAAUUGGUAGCCAUAUCUCCUUUACAAGACAUGUUAGGUGAUCUUGGGUUUUGUUCUCCAGCAAUCCAGUCAGUAUCCAGGAUAUGUGCUGUCUGCUGCAUCCCUUGUACCAGGUGCUGGUGUAGUGUUAGGAAGUUCAGCAGGAAAUAUCCAUUUGGUAACGACACUGUUAACAGAACCUCAGUCAAUUAGUACCAUGGACAGCAUUCCUGGACAAGUAAGUAUGUUAUAAUUAGGGGUCUUUCUGCAGGUAUCGUCAUCACAAAAGAAACAAAAGAACCAAACAAUAGAGUUCUCCUGGGGUCUUAAAUGUUUGGUGAAAUCAUUUGUUUCUUUUGUUGUACGUAGUUUGCGCCUCUGUACCAACGGAAGGAACCAAUUUAAGUGUGUUCUAGACAUUUGAUUCCAUUGGAUGCAUAUUAGAUGAAAGGAUUUAACUGGAAUUAACAUGUAUUAAUGCGCUUAAAGAGACCAUUAUGAAUAAUAGUGAGUUUAUGCAACAGGAUGGCACAAAUAAGAUGACUUCAAAAUGCUUGUGUGUGACAAAUGUGACAGGGCUAUAACUUGUGUGUUUUGUUGCGAUCUUCACUUAAUAUUGAUGUUUUCUGGUCUUGUACACAAAGAUCUGUUUAAAGGAGGGUGACAUUUGGCAAAAAGUUUUUCCAAACAAAAUUAUUGUCACCCUUGUCACGCAAGGUUUGCCGUCUUCUUUCCUCUCCCAUCCUGUUGCGUAAGCUCACUAAUAGUAAUAAAAAACUCAGACAUAAUAUGAGAGUGAAUUUCCUGAAUGAUAUCCGAAGAUUAAACAACAUUAAUAAAGGUGAACCUAAACUACAUUUAGUAAUUAAGGAACAACAUAUAUUAUGUUUAGACUUUAAUAAUAUUUAACAACUGAACAACAAUAAUACAGGGCUCAAAAUAACAGCCAGUCAAUAAACAAAGUCAUGCUAAGACCACCAUUUGUCCGGACAAACUUCACGUGCAUGUCUUUCAAAUAUGUUACUGGAAAAUAUAAUCGCAUUGAUUUGAAUCUGUAAAUUACAAAAACAAUUGAAAUCAUAAAACAUCUUAGCUGCUUGCAGUUAUAAAAUUUGGAGAAUGCAGAUGAGGUGGUCUUGUUCUAUGGCUUUGUGAAUGCCAAUCAGUGAUAUGCAAGUUUUCAACAUUUUGACCAGUCAGACGUGAGCCAGAUGACCAAGCAAAAACUUGUUUGACUGGUCCACAUGACAAGCGGCUGUAUAAAAAUUAUUUUGAGCCCUUUAAUUUGAGGCUUAACUAAAUUAAUUGUAAAGAAGCAACCGAAGGACAUAAAUAGCAUACUUUAGGCAGUGAUCGAUGUUACUAGGAUCGGAGGUAGUGAGCUACGUCAAUAUAUAUAUUAUAGAGAGAAUACAAUAAUGAGUAGUAUUGGAUGGACUGAAUUAGCCAUGGUUCUCUGUCUUAGGUCAUUGCCUCUGAUGUUAAUCAGGAUGGAUCAUUUGAAAUUCUUGCAAUAGACAACAGUGGUAACAUUGUUUGUAAGGACCUUAGUGGAAAAAUGGUAAGGAUAAAAAAUGAUGUCCUAUAUACUUUAUUACAGGAAAUAAACUCUCCUUGAAAUUAAGGUAUUGGAAAUUCAUGUAACUUUUAAGCCACGUUAAUUCCAAAUUAAUUUCGAAAUUUGCGUUGAGUUAAAAAUUAAAACGAAUUUAGUGGAAAAUGUCUUUCAAAUAACGGAGAUUAAGAUGAAAGAGAGGGUUUCAUUUUUAAAAGGAAAGAAAUUCAUGCUUUGCACACAAAGAUCAGACCGGUUGAGAUGAAAAGAACAAAGUUUAAUUUCAAGUGGAAACUUGUACCCCAGUUGUCCCCAUCAUCUUGGUCAUUCUUGUUCUCCCUGUUGUCUCUGAUGUUGUCCCUGUUCUCCUUCUUGUCGCUGCUGUCAUUGUUGUCCCUAUUGUUCCUGAUGUCCGUGUCAUCUUUGUUGUUCCUUUUGUCCCUGUUGUCACCACUGUCACUGUUCUCCCUGUUGUCCAUGUUCUGCUUGUUGUCACUGUUGUCCUUGUAAUUCCCAAUGUCCCUUUUGUGGUUGUUGUACCUGUUGUCGCUGUUGUCACUGUUGUCGUUGUUGUCAGUGUUGUCGCUGUUGUAGGUGUUGUCACUGUUGUCGCUGUUGUCGCUGUUGUCGCUGUUGUCACGGUUGUCGCUGUUGUCACUGAUGUUGUCGCUGUUGUCACUGUUGUCACUGUUAUCGUUGUUGUCAGUGUUGUCGCUGUUGUAGGUGUUGUCACUGUUGUUGCUGUUGUCGCUGUUGUCGGCUGUUGUCACGGUUGUCGCUGUCGUCACUGAUGUUGUCGCUGUUGUCACUGUUGUCACUGUUGUCGUAGUCGCUGUUGUCACUGUUGUUGCUGUUGUUCUGUUGUCACUGUUGUCGUUGUCUUGUCGCUGUUGUUGCUGUUAUCGCUGUUGUCACGGUUGUCGCUGUUGUCACUGAUGUUGUCGUUGUUGUCACUGUUGUCGUUGUCGCUGUUGUUGUUACUGUUGUUGCUGUUGUCGUUGUCUUGUCGCUGUUGUCACUGUUGUCGCGGUUGGCGCUGUUAUUGUUAUCGCUGUUGUCACUGUUGUCGUUGUCACUCUUGUUACGGUCGUCUCUGUUGUCACUGUUGUUGUUGUCGCUGUUGUCACUGUUGUCGCUGUUGCCACUGUUGUUGCUGUUUUCGCUGUUGUCACCGUUGUCGCUCUUGUCACUGUUGUCAUUUCUGUCGCUGUCGUGACUGCUGUCAUUGUUGCUGUUGUCACAGUUGUUACUUUUGUCCCGGUUGUCGCCGUGGUCCCUUUUGUCGCUGUUGUCACUGUCGUUCCUGUUGUCGCUGUUGUCGCCAUUGUCGUUGUUGUCUCUUUUGUCACCGUUGUUACUGUUGUCGUCCUUGUUGCUGUUGUCGCCGUUGUCGCUGUUGUCGCUUUUGUCAUUGUUUUCACUGUUGUCACUUGUGUCACUUUUGUCGCUGUUGUCACUAUUGUUGCUGUUGUCACUGUUUUCGCUGUUGUCGCUGUUGUCACUUUUGUUGCGGUUGUUACUCUUGCUAUUGUUGUCUAUUUGGUUCCUUUUGUCCUGGUUAUUGUUUCCCGAGACGUACAAAUUGAAUGAAGCGAAGAAAUAUGGCCCCUUUGAGGGUUUUAUACAGUUGCACUGUUCCUGAUGGAUCCCCACCGUAAUAACAAAACUCUUCUUUCUACUCGUGUCUUAUGUGACAUGAAUGGCAGAUGUGUAUCCAAAGAAAUUAACGCGAAUUUUUUUUGUAAAUUCCCGUCAAUUUACAAGAAUGUACUUCACAGGAUGUCAUAAAAAAAGAUGGCAACCAUUUCAGAUCAUCCACUUAACAUAUUUUAGGUUUGGGAGGCUCAAGUGUCCAGUUCAAGUGCUGGUGGGAUGCGAGUUGCUGAUGUAGAUGGAGAUGGCUUCAUGGAAGUUGUUGUUGCUACGUUUGAUGGGUGGGUGAUGUAUGUUAGAUAUAGUUCGUAACAGCAGAGUAGGUUUUAAAGGAAGUUGUGAUCCGAUCAGAGUCUCGCGAGGAAAAUGAAUAAAUAUACAUUGAAAAAUACUAAAGUAUACAAAGCUUUUUUUAUGGGCCUUGCUUUUUGGAAAGGGAACAGUGAAGACCAACUAAAAUUAUUGGAAAGAGUCUAAAGAUAACAACGGCCGAUUUGCGUAAAAUAGGUCUUAAGAUAAGGGAAUGAAGUUUCAGAGAACUUAGCUGUUAAGUUUCCCAGCGAUAGUGGGGUAAUGUCCCUCACUCCACUACCUCCCUUCCUUCCCCUCCCCCCGUUCUCGCCCCCCUUUCCCCCCCCCACCCCCCACCCAAGGAAAGUGCACUUUCUGGUGCAUAUUUUUUGCCUUACUGGCCAUGUAUGGCCCCUUUGUUGCUAAGCUAAAAUUUAGGGAGACCACUGCGUGUGGUUCCCAGUCUCUUCAUUGAUUGGCCUACGAUUUGUCAGCCAAAACAUGCUACUGCACAUAUUAAAAGACCUCCAUUAUGUAGCCUAGUCUUAACCUUCGUGUAAAUUGGUGAGCUGCUUUUCAAAAUUAACAUGAAGUGCUUGGCAGUGACCAUUUAUUAUUAUAGUUUUCAUGUUUUUACUGUGUCUGUUGAUUGCUCAUGAUUUUUAAGUUGGUGUCCUCUUUUUUGGCCUGUAUGGAGCGGACCUGCGACAGAAUUGAUUGUAAUGCAUCAGACAUUGGGGGUAAUCUUCAUUGUUAGCAUUACUUGAGCAUCUUGUUCCUUUACCAAUCAACAGUUUUGUGUGGGUUCUGGAAGGAGAUACGGGGAAAGUGUUACAUGGGUGGCCUGUCAAGUUACCUAGUGAGGUGCGAGCAUCUGUGCUUGUCACUAAACUAAUUCCUGGAGAAAACACUGCCUCAGACAUCGUAAGUAUUUGAGAUCUUUUCCUGUAUUUCUUGAUGUGUUUAUAUUGAUUCUCAUUUAGAGAAUACCCUGUGAUGACCUAAAUAGACCCUUCCGCGUUUGUUUGUUUGUUGGUUUGUUUUGCAAGUUUUGAUAAAGACCAGUCAGCCAAAAUCCUUUUGCACUGCUGGAAAGAGCGCCUUAAGAUCAGUGUGUUAUUAGAGCCUAUGUUUUUUUUGACCUGUGGUUUUGAUCAUGAAUUUGUUUCAGGUAGUUCCCCUUGUUGACGGCCAAAUUGCAAUCAUCAGAGGCAGUGAUCGCUGCACAGAGUUGAUCAGCGUUGUUAAGCCUGUGUUAGCUUCUGCAGUUAGUGCUGACCUGUUAAUAGGAAGACCAGGACUGGAACUAGUGUUAGGAACUGACGACGGAACUGUAAUUUGUUUGGCAAACACACCAGCAACAGUUACAAGCAGGUAAAGAAUUUAGUUUUAGUCUUAUCACCAUCAUUGAUGACGGCUCCUUUCGCCCACAGGUCGUUUCUCUAACGUUUGCAAACGUGUCAGGUCAAACAAAUUGGUCCCUGACUUUCUAACAGCAGUCGAAACUAUGACCUUCUGUGGUUACUUAUAAAACUUUCGCAAACUGAUCUAACACACUGACAAACAACCUAAGACGUUAGCAAAACGGUUCGUUGGCAAAACGACUUUAAACCCCACCAUCAUCUCAGUUCCUUAUCUUGCCUCUGCUAGAAGGACCCAGGGCAGUGGCAUCUUCUAAAGCUGGUUCCAUAAUAAAAGCAAAGACUUCGUUUAUGUCCAGGCGACAUCCAACUCUCUUUUCGUAAAACUAAAGGACAAAUGAAAUACCCUAUUUCCUCGAAUAAUAGCUGGGGGUGAUUAUUUCUUUUUUCGCACCAAAAGGGGGCAAUUAUUCGAGGGAGGCGAUUAUUUCAUAUAUUGUUCACUGGAAGUCGUGCCCUAAAUAUUUUGUUCUAUUUUCCCAUUAAUUCAAAAAAAUAAUCACAUCAAAGAAACUGGACAUGGGCUUUUUAAGUGUAGCAAAUUUGGUUCUGUUACGCGGGUAAUCUUUUGGAGGACGGGUAGCUUGUAAACUAAACUAAACGCAGGGUUGUCGGAACAGCAACGAGAAGAUUUAUUCCCGAAAUGAACGUAGUUUCCACGAGGUAAAACUCUACAACAGCACGUAAUUCGAUAAACUUACACGGCCUCCGCCAACUGCACUUAACUCGGUAAACUUACACGGCCUCCGCCAACUUCAAUAAACACUGCUUCCAUCACACUGGACUAAACACGAUUAACGUCAAGCUCUCUUCGCUAGUCAAGAAGGGUUAAAACUUCGCUCGCACUCGACUCGCUUACGUGUAUACAUGUACAAUAAUAUUCUAGAACUUCCAAAAAGUCUAAAUAUAGAAAGACGACGAAAUAUACCUUGGGAACGUUUACACAAGGUACUAAAAAUAAACAAAAUCUGAACUCUCGCGAAGCUUCUGGAAUGUCACGUUUAAAAGUCACGCAAUACAAUUUUUCGUAACAGGUUCCUUGAUUAAUUUUAAUGUCAAUAUUCUCGGCAUCAUCACUGAUCAGUUUGCUGGACUUGACUCUUCUUCAGCCUCAUCCUCCAGAUUUACCGCUAUGGGUGUCGAUAGCGGGUUGCCUUUAGUGGUGGGAGGGGGGCGAUUAUUCGAGGGGGGCGAUUAUUCGAGGGGGGCGAUUAUUCGAGGGCGGUGAUUAAUCGAGGGACGGCUGUUAUUCGAGGAAAUACGGUACUUAUAUAUUAAUUAAGAUCUACGUUUGCAACAGUCUCCCUCCAGAUAGGAAUGAGUUAUUCGCCUGGCCAGGAGAAAGUUUGCCUUGUACUGGAACAACAUUUUAUUCGGGGAAGGUACACGUUAUUCUCUUCAUUCUGUUAUUGUUAUUAAUCGAUUGAGAUUUGCUGCUGUUGAGCGAUCAAGCACCUUUAAGUUGCUCACUAUGUACUUUAAAAGUCAUGCAGUACUCCAUGUAGCUAAACAGAAAGGAGUUUACUUUAGGCUUGAUCGCGGCAAUAAUGUUUUAUGAAAGUACUUUCCCAAUAACUUUUUAUUGUUCUUGUUUUUGUAUUUUGAAUAGUAAUUCAAAGACGUGGAUUGAAACUUAACUCAACAGAGUAUAGCCCUUUAUAAAUUUAUACUUAAGAAGAAUACUUCGCAAUCUGAAAAUUGUGUUAGUGAAUGAUCAUCAACUUGCACAACGCAAACCAACUCGCGUUCACUUAAAGAGAUUUCGGAUUAUCAGAAUAGCAUAAUAUUAACUUGGGUGUAGCACCUGACGAGUGUCAGUUGGGCUGUUUAAAGUUUUAACGAAUUUUUGACUACUUCAUCGUCACCUAGUUUGUAUAACGUCAAAAUUCAUAAACACAAACCAGGCAUGAUACUAUCUAUAAUGCUAUCACCUAAUCAGAAAAUAUUAUUUUUUGGCUGCUCUAUGAGGGUCCUUAAGGCCCGUACUACAUAACAUGUUAAGGUGGUUUAUUUCUUUUUUAGGUUGGAGUACGAUUCACCACGAAAUCUCGACUCAACACCAAAAUUAGCGGCAGAUCAUUUCCUUUGGAGUUUGAAAUCAUUGAUGGCCAACCAAAGGAGGUUAAAGGAAAAAAGUACAACAUCAAGGUUUGUUGUUCUAAAUGAAAGUAAGGCUCUGAUGGCCUGCAUGAAAAAAGCUGACAUUUCGCGAUGCGACCGAUAGUUUUCCCACGCAUUGACUGUCACCCUAAUACCCCAAGUCAUCCGAGUCACCCAAGUCACCCUACUCACCCAAGUCAUCCUAGUCACCCCAGUAACCCAAGUCAUCCUAAUCACCCAAGUCACUCUAGUCACCCAAGUCAACCAAAUCAUCCUCGUCAUCCUAGUCACCUAGGAUGAGAUUAAAAUUACCUUAUGAGAUUAAAAUGGCAAAAGCAAAUUAUUAUAAAUCAGAAGUGGAACAAAAUAUGGGUCACCCGAAGGAAAUAUGGAGGACAAUCAAUGAGUUAACGUAUCGUAACUGCACUAGUAAUUCUUCGUAAGCGCACUAGUAAUCCUAGUCACCCUUGUCCCCUAAACCACCCAAGUAACCCUAGUCAGCCAAGUGACCCUAGUCAUCCCAGUCAUCUUAGUCAUCCCUACUCAUUCCUAGUCAUCCCUAGUCAUCCUAAGUCAUCCCUACUUAUCCUUAGUCAUCCUAGUCAUCCCUAGCCCUCCCUACUCAUGCCUAGUCAUCCCGGGCAUCCCUAGUCAUCCCAGCCAUCCCUAGUCAUCUUUCGUCAUCCCUAGUCAUCCCAGUCAUCCCUAGUCAUCGCAGUAAUCCCUAGUCAUCCUUCGUCAUCCCUAGUCAUCCCUAGUCAUCCCAGUCAUCCCUAGUCAUCGCAGUCAUCCCUAGUCAUCCCGGUCAUCCCUAGUCAUCCCGAGUCAUCCUAGUCAUCCCUAGUCAUCCCAGUCAUACCUAGUCAUCCCUACACAUCCCAGUCAUCCGUAGUCAUCCCUAGUCAUCCUUAGUCAUCCCUAGUCAUUCCUAGUCAUCCUAGUCAUCCCUAGUCAUCCCUAGUCAUCCUUAGUGAUCCCUAGUCAUCCCUAGUGAUCCACUGUCAUCCAUAGUCAUCCUAGUCAUCCCUAGUCAUCCCAGACAUCCACAGUCAUCCCAAGUCAUCCUAGUGAUACUUAGUCAUCCCAGAUAUGCUUAGUCAUCCUUCGUCAUUCCUAGUCAUCCUUAGUCAUCCCUAGUCAUCCCUACUCAUCCCUAGUCAUCCUUAGUCAUCCCUAGUCAUCCCUACUCAUCCCUAGUCAUCCCUAGUCAUCCCAGUCAUCGGCAGUCAUCCCAGUCAUCCCUAGUCAUACCCAGUCAUCCCUAGUCAUCCCAGUCAUCCGUAGACAUCCGCAGUCAUCCCUAGUCAUCCAAGUCAUGCCUAGUCAUCCCAGUCAUCCUUCGUCAUUCCUAGUCGUCCCUAGUCAUCCCUAGUCAUCCCAGUCAUCCUUAGUCAUCCUUAGUCAUCCCUAGUCAUCCCAGUCAUCCCUAGUCAUCCUAGCCAUCCGUAGUCAUCCCUAAUCAUCCCAGUCAUCUUUAGUCAUCCCAGUCAUACCUAGUGAUCCCUAGUCAUUCCAGUCAUCCGUAGUCAUCCCUAGUCAUCCCCAGUCAUCCCUAGUCAUCCCUAGUCAUCGCAGUCAUCCCUAGUCAUCCCUAGUCAUCCCUAGUCAUCCUAGUCAUCCCCAGUCAUCCCUAGUCAUCCUAGUCAUCCCUAGUCAUCCUUCGUCAUUCCUAGGCAUCCCUAGUCAUCCCUAGGCUUCCAAGUCACCCCUCGUCAUCUUUCGUCAUCUCUAGUCAUCCCAGUCAUCCCUAGUCAUCCUUAGUCAUUCCUAGUCACCCGUAGUCAUCCCAGUCAUCCCUAGCCAUCCUCUGUCAUCCCUAGUCAUCCCUAGUCAUCCUAGUAAUCCCUAGUUAUCCCAGUCAUCCCUAGUAAUCCUUCGUCAUUCCUAGUCGUCCCUAGUCAUCCCUAGUCAUCCCAGUCAUCCUUAGUCAUCCUUAGUCAUCCCUAGUCAUCCCAGUCAUCCCUAGUCAUCCCCAGUCAUCCCCAGUCAUCCGUAGUCAUCCUUAGUCAUCCCAGUCAUCCCUACUGAUCUUUAGUCAUCCCAGUCCUCCGUAGUUAUCCCUAGUCAUCCCAGUCAUCCCUAGUCAUCCUAAGUCAUCCCUAGUCACCCGUAGGCAUCCCAGUCAUCCCUAUGCAUCCCAGUCAUCCCUAGCCAUCCUCCGUCAUCCCUAGUCAUCCCUAGUCAUCCCUAGUCAUCCCUAGUCAUCCUUAGUGAUCCCUAGUCAUCCCUAGUCAUCCACAGUCAUCCAUAGUCAUCCUAGUCAUCCCUAGUCAUCCCAGACAUCCCUAGUCAUCCUUCGUCAUUCCUAAUCAUUCAUAGUGAUCCCUAGUCAUCCCUAGUCAUCCCAGUCAUCCCUAGUUAUACCCAGUCAUCCCUAGUCAUCUUAGUCAUCCCAAGUAAUCGCAGUCAUCCCUAGUCAUCCCUUCUCAUCUCUAGUCAUCCCUAGUCAUCCCUAGUCAUCGCAGUCUUCCAUAGUCAUCCCUAGUCAUCCCAGGCAUCCCUACUCAUCCCUAGUUAUCCCUAGUCAUCCCAGUCAUCGGCAGUCAUCCCAGUCAUCCCUAGUCAUACCCAGUCAUCCCUAGUCAUCCCAGUCAUCCCAGUCAUCCGUAGACAUCCGCAGUCUUCUCUAGUCAUCCAAGUCAUGCCUAGUCAUCCCAGUCAUCCUUCGUCAUUCGUAGUCGUCCCUUGUCAUCCCUAGUCAUCCCAGUCAUCCUUAGUCAUCCUUAGUCAUCCCUAGUCAUCCCAGUCAUCCCUAGUCAUCCCCAGUCAUCCCCAGUCAUCCGUAGUCAUCCUUAGUCAUCCCAGUCAUCCCUAGUGAUCCCUAGUCAUCCCAGUCCUCCGUAGUCAUCCCUAGUCAUCCCAGUCAUCCCUAGUCAUCCUAAGUCAUCCCUAGUCACCCGUAGUCAUCCCAGUCAUCCCUAUGCAUCCCAGUCAUCCCUAGCCAUCCUCCGUCAUCCCUAGUCAUCCCUAGUCAUCAUUAGUCAUCCUUAGUGAUCCCUAGUCAUCCCUAGUCAUCCACAGUCAUCCUUAGUCAUCCUAGUCAUCCCUAGUCAUCCCAGACAUCCCUAGUCAUCCUUCGUCAUUCCUAGUCAUCCCUAGUGAUCCCUAGUCAUCCCUAGUCAUCCCAGUCAUCCCUAGUUAUACCCAGUCAUCCCUAGUCAUCUUAGUCAUCCCUAGUCAUCCCAGUCAUCCCUAGUCAUCCUUUUCAUCUCUAGUCAUCCCUAGUCAUCCCUAGUCAUCGCAGUCAUCCUAGUCAUCCCCAGUCUUCCCCAGUCAUCCCAGUCAUCCCUAGUCAUCCCAAGUCAUCCCUAGUCAUCCCUAGUCAUCCUAGUCAUCCCUAGUAAUCCCAAGUCAUCCCUCGUCAUCCCUAGUCAUCCCAGUCAUCUCAAGUCAUCCCUAGUCAUCCCUAGUCAUCCUAGUUAUCCCUAGUAAUCCCAAGUCAUCCCUCGUCAUCCCUAGUCAUCCCAGUCAUCCCUAGUCAUUCCAUUCAUCCCUAGUCAUCCUUCUUCAUCCCUAGUCAUUACUAGUGAUCCGUACUCAUGCCAGUCAUACCUAGUCAUCCCUAGUCAUUCCUAGUCAUCCCAAUCAUCAGUAGUCAUCCCAGUCAUCCCUAGUCAUCCCCAGUCAUCCCUAGUCAUCCCAGUCAUCCACAGUCAUCCCUAGUCAUCCUAGUCAUACUUAGUGAUCCCAGACAUCUUAGUCAUCCUUCGUCAUUCCUAGUCAUCCCAGGUCAUCCCUUGUCAUCCCUAGUCAUCCCUAGUCAUCCGUAGUCAUCCCAGUCAUCGGUAGUCAUCCCAGUCAUCCUUAGUCAUACCCAGGCAUCCCUAGUAAUCCAAGUCAUCCCUAGUCAUCCCAGUCAUCCAUAGUCAUCCCUAGUCAUCCCCAGUCAUCCCUAGUCAUCCCAGUCAUCCCUAGUCUUCCCAAGUCAUCCCUAGUCAUCCUAGUCAUCCCUAGUAAUCCCAAGUAAUCCCUCCUCAUCCCUAGUCAUCCCAGUCAUCCCUAGUCAUCCCAAGUCAUCCCUAGUCAUCCCUAGUCAUCCCAAGUCAUCCCUAGUCAUCCCUAGUCAUCCUAGUCAUCCCUAGUAAUCCCAAGUCAUCCCUCGUCAUCCCUAGUCAUCCCAGUCAUCCCUAGUCAUCCCAGUCAUCCCUAGUCAUCCCAGUCAUCCCCAGUCAUCCCUAGUCAUCCCUAGUCAUCCCAGUCAUCCACAGUCAUCCCUAGUCAUCCUAGUCAUACUUAGUCAUCCCAGACAUCCUUUGUCAUCCUUCGUCAUUCCUAGUCAUCCCUAGUCAUCCCUAGUCAUCCCUAGUCAUCCCUAGUCAUCCCAGUCAUCGGUAGUCAUCCCAGUCAUCCCUAGUCAUACCCAGUCAUCCCUAGUCAUCCCAGUCAUCCCAGUCAUCCCUAGUCAUCCCUAGUCAUCCAAGUCAUCCCUAGUCAUCCCAGUCAUCCCUAGUCAUCCCUAGUCAUCCCAGUCAUCCCUAGUCAUCCCAAGUCAUCCCUAGUCAUCCCUAGUCAUCCUAGUCAUCCCUAGUAAUCCCAAGUAAUCCCUCGUCAUCCCUAGUCAUCCCAGUCAUCCCUAGUCAUCCCAGUCAUCCCUUGUCAUCCUUCUUCAUCCCAAGUCAUCCCGAUUCAUCCCAGUCAUCCCUAGUCAUCCCAGUCAUCCCUAGUCAUCCCGCUCAUCCCUAGUCAUCCCUAGUCAUCCUAGUCAUACCUAGUCAUUCCAGUCAUCCGUAGUCAUCCCUAGUCAUUCCCGUCAUCCCUAGUCAUCCCUAGUGAUCCGUAGUCAUGCCAGUCAUACCAAGUCAUCCCUAGUCAUCCCAGUCAUCCCUAGUCAUUCCUAGUCAUCCCAGUCAUCCCUAGUCAUCCCAGUCAUCCACAGUCAUCCCAAGUCAUCCUAGUCAUACUUAGUCAUCCCAGACAUCCUUAGUCAUCCUUCGUCAUUCCUAGUCAUCCUUAGUCAUCCCUAGUCAUCCCUACUCAUCCCUAGUCAUCCCUAGUCAUCCCAGUCAUCGGCAGUCCUCCCAGUCAUCCCUAGUCAUACCCAGUCAUCCCUAGUCAUCGCAGUCAUCCGUAGACAUCCCCAGUCAUCCCUAGUCAUCCAAGUCAUGCCUAGUCAUCCCAGUCAUCCUUCGUCAUUCCUAGUCGUCCCUAGUCAUCCCUAGUCAUCCCAGUCAUCCUUAGUCAUCCUUAGUCAUCCCUAGUCAUCCCAGUCAUCCCUAGUCAUCCUAGCCAUCCGUAGUCAUCCCUAAUCAUCCCAGUCAUCUUUAGUCAUCCCAGUCAUACCUAAUGAUCCCUAGUCAUUCCAGUCAUCCGUAGUCAUCCCUAGUCAUCCCCAGUCAUCCCUAGUCAUCCCAGUCAUCCCCAGUCAUCCCUAGUCAUCCUAGUCAUCCCUAGUCAUCCUUCGUCAUUCCUAGGCAUCCCUAGUCAUCCCUAGGCAUCCAAGUCAGCCCUCGUCAUCUUUCGUCAUCUCUAGUCAUCCCAGUUAUCCCUAGUCAUCCUAAGUCAUCCCUAGUCACCCUUAGUCAUCCCAGUCAUCCCUAGCCAUCCUCUGUCAUCCCUAGUCAUCCCUAGUCAUCCUAGUAAUCCCUAGUCAUCCCAGUCAUCCUUAGUCAUCCUUAGUCAUCCCUAGUCAUCCCAGUCAUCCCUAGUCAUCCCCAGUCAUCCCCAGUCAUUCCAGUCAUCCGUAGUCAUCGUUAGUCAUCCCAGUCAUCCCUAGUGAUCCCUAGUCAUCCCAGUCCUCCGUAGCCAUCCCUAGUCAUCCCAGUGAUCCCUAGUCAUCCUAAGUCAUCCCUAGUCACCCGUAGUCAUCCCAGUCAUCCCUAGCCAUCCCAUUCAUCCCUAGCCAUCCUCCGUCAUCCCUAGUCAUCCCUAGUCAUCCUUAGUGAUCUCUAUUCAGCCAUAGUCAUCCUAGUCAUCCCUAGUCAUCCCAGACAUCCCUAGUCAUCCUUCGUCAUUCCUAGUCAUCCCUAGUGAUCCCUAGUCAUUCCUAGUCAUCCCAGUCAUCCCUAGUUAUACCCAGUCAUCCCUAGUCAUCUUAGUUAUCCCUAGUAAUCCGAGUCAUCCCUAGUCAUCCCUUCUCAUCUCUAGUCAUCCCUAGUCAUCCCUAGUCAUCCCUUCUCAUCUCUAGUCAUCCCUAGUCAUCCCUAGUCAUCGCAGUCAUCCGUAGUCAUCCCUAGUCAUCCCAAGUCAUCCCUAGUCAUCCCUAGUCAUCUUAGUCAUCUCUAGUAAUCCCAACUCAUCCUUCGUCAUCCCUAGUCAUCCCAGUCACCCCAGUCAUCCCUAGUCAUCCCAGUCAUCCCUAGUCAUCCCAAGUCAUCCCUAGUCAUCCCUAGUCAUCCUAUUCAUCCCUAGUAACCCAAGUAAUCCCUCCUCAUCCCUAGUCAUCCCAGUCAUCCCUAGUCAUCCCAAGUCAUCCCUAGUCAUCCCCAGUCAUCCUAGUCAUCCCUAGUAAUCCCAACUCAUCCCUCGUCAUCCCUAGUCAUCCCAGUCAUCCCCAGUCAUCCCUAGUCAUCCCAGUCAUCCCUAGUCAUCCCAAGUCAUCCCUAGUCAUCCCUAGUCAUCCUAGUCAUCCCUAGUAACCCAAGUAAUCCCUCCUCAUCCCUAGUCAUCCCAGUCAUCCCUAGUCAUCCCCAGUCAUCCCUAGUCAUCCCAGUCAUCCACAGUCAUCCCUAGUCAUCCUAGUCAUACUUAGUGAUCCCAGACAUCUUAGUCAUCCUUCGUCAUUCCUAGUCAUCCCUGGUCAUCCCUUGUCAUCCCUCGUCAUCCCUUGUCAUCCCAGUCAUCCCAAGUCAUCCCUAGUUAUCCCUAGUCAUCCUAGUCAUCCCUAGUAAUCCCAAGUCAUCCCUCGUCAUCCCUAGUCAUCCCAGUCAUCCCUAGUCAUUCCAGUCAUCCGUAGUCAUCCUUCUUCAUCCCUAGUCAUCCCUAGUGAUCCGUACUCAUGCCAGUCAUACCUAAUCAUCCCUAGUCAUUCCUAGUCAUCCCAAUCAUCAGUAGUCAUCCCAGUCAUCCCUAGUCAUCCCCAGUCAUCCCUAGUCAUCCCAUUCAUCCACAGUCAUCCCUAGUCAUCCUAGUCAUACUUAGUGAUCCCAGACAUCUUAGUCAUCCUUUGUCAUUCCUAGUCAUCCCUGGUCAUCCCUUGUCAUCCCUAGUCAUCCCUAGUCAUCCGUAGUCAUCCCAGUCAUCGGUAGUCAUCCCAGUCAUCCUUAGUCAUACCCACUCCAGUCAUCCCUAGUCAUCCAAGUCAUCCCUAGUCAUCCCAGUCAUCCGUAGUCAUCCCUAGUCAUCCCCAGUCAUCCCUAGUCAUCCCAGUCAUCCCUAGUCAUCCCAAGUCAUCCCUAGUCAUCCCUAGUCAUCCUAGUCAUCCCUAGUAAUCCCAAGUAAUCCCUCCUCAUCCCUAGUCAUCCCAGUCAUCCCUUGUCAUCCCAAGUCAUCGGUAGUCAUCCCAGUCAUCCCUAGUCAUCCCAGUCAUCCCUAAUCAUCCCUAGUCAUCCCAGUCACCCCUCGUCAUCUUUCGUCAUCUCUAGUCAUCCCAGUCAUCCCUAGUCAUCCUAAGUCAUCCCUAGUCACCCGUAGUCAUCCCAGUCAUUCCUAGUCGUCGCAGUCAUCCCUACCCAUCCUCCGUCAUCCCUAGUCAUCCCUAGUCAUCCUAGUAAUCUCUAGUUAACCCACUAAUCCCUAGUAAUCCUUCGUCAUUCCUAGUCGUCCCUAGUCAUCCCUAGUCGUCCCAGUAAUUUUUAGUCAUCCUUAGUCAUCCCUAGUCAUCCCAGUCAUCUCUAGUCAUCCCCAGUCAUCCCUAGUCCUCCCAGUCAUCCGUAGUCAUCCCUAGUCAUCCCAGUCAUCCAUAGUGAUCCCUAGUCAUCCCAGUCAUCCGUAGUCAUCCCUAGUCAUCCCCAGUCAUCCCUAGUCAUCCCAGUCAUCCCUAGUCAUCCCUAGUCAUCCCAGUCAUCCCUAGUCAUCCUAAGUCAUCCCUAGUCACCCGUAGUCAUCCCAGUCAUCCCUAGUCAUCCCAGUCAUCCCUAGCCAUCCUCCGUCAUCCCUAGUCAUCCCAGUCAACCUUACUCAUCCCUAGUCAUCCCUAGUAAUCCUUAGUCAUCCCUAGUCAUCAACAGUCAUCCAUAGUCAUCCUAGUCAUCCCUAGUCAUCCCAGACAUCCCUAGUAAUCCUUCGUCAUUCCUAGUCAUCCCUAGUGAUCCCUAGUGAUCCCUAGUCAUCCCAGUCAUCCCUUGCUAUACCCAGUCAUCCCUAGUCGUCUUAGUCAUCCCUAGUCAUCCUACUCAUCCCUAGCCAUCCCUUGGCAUCCCCAGUCAUCCCUACUCAUCCCAGUCAUCCCUAGUCAUCCCAAGUCAUCCCUAGUCAUCCCUACUCAUCCCAAGUCAUCCCUAGUCAUCCCUAGUAAUCCCAAGUCAUCCCUCGUCAUCCCUAGUCAUCGCAGUCAUCCCAAGUCAUCCCUAGUCAUCCCUAGUCAUCCUAGUCAUCCCUAGUAAUCCCAAGUCAUCCCUCGUCAUCCCUAGUGAUCCCAGUCAUCCCUAGUAAUCCCAGUCAUCCCUAGUCAUCCUUUUUCAUCCCUAGUCAUCCCUAGUGAUCCGUACUCAUGCCAGUCAUACCUAGUCACCCCUAGUCAUCCCAGUCAUCCCUAGUCAUUCCUAGUCAUCCCAGUCAUCCGGAGUCAUCCCAGUCAUCCGUAGUCAUCCCCAGUCAACCCUAGUCAUCGCUAGUCAUCCCAGUUAUCCACAGUCUAGCCUAGUUAACUUAGUCAUACUUAGUGAUCCCAGACAUCCUUAGUCAUCAUUAGUAAUUCCUAGUCAACCCUGGUCAUCCCUUGUCAUCCCUACUCAUCCCUAGUCAUCCCUAGUCAUUCUAGUCAUCCCUCGUCAUCCCAGUCAUCCCAUUCACCCCUAGUCAUCCUUUGUCAUUCCUAGUCAUCCCUAGUCAUCCCUAGUCAUCCCAGUCAGCCUUGUCAUCUUUCGUCAUAUGUAGUCAUCCCAGUUAUCCCUAGUCAUCCCAGUCAUCCCUAGUCAUCCUAAGUCAUCCCUAGUCACCUGUAGUCAUCCGAGUCAUCCCUAGUCAUCCCAGUCAUCCCUAGCCAUCCUCCGUCAUCCCUAGUCAUCCCAGUCAUCCCUAGUCAUUCUUAGCCAUCCUUAGUCAUCCCUAGUCAUCCCUAGUCAUCCCUACUAAUCCUUGUCAUCCCUAGUCAUCCCAGACAUCCCUAGUCAUCCUUCGUCAUUCCUAGUCAUCCCCAGUCAUCCCUAGUCAUCCCUAGUCAUCCCAGUCAUCCCUAGUUAUACCCAGUCAUCCCUAGUCAUCUUAGUCAUCCCUAGUCAUCCCAGUCAUCCCUAGUCAUCCUUAGUCAUCCCUAGUCAUCUCUAGUCAUCCCUAGUCAUCCCUGUCAUCCCUAGUCAUCCCUAGUCAUCCCCAGUCAUCCCUAGUCAUCGAAGUCAUCCCUAGUCAUCCCAAGUCAUCCCUAGUCAUCCCUAGUCAUCCUAGUCAUCCCUAGUAAUCCCAAGUCAUCCCUCCUCAUCCCUAGUCAUUCCAGUCAUCCCUAGUCAUCCCAAGUCAUCCCUAGUCAUCCCUAGUCAUCCUAGUCAUCCCUAGUAAUCCCAAGUCAUCCCUCGUCAUCCCUAGUCAUCCCAGUCAUCCCUAGUCAUCCCAGUCAUCCCUUGUCAUCCUUCUUCAUCCCAAGUCAUCCCGAUUCAUCCCAGUCAUCCCUAGUCAUCCCAGUCAUCCCUAGUCAUCCCGCUCAUCCCUAGUCAUCCCUAGUCAUCCUAGUCAUCCCUAGUCAUCCCAGUCAUACCUAGUCAUCCCUAGACAUCCCAGUCAUCCGUAGUCAUCCCUAGUCAUUCCCGUCAUCCCUAGUCAUCCCUACUGAUCCGUAGGCAUGCCAGUCAUCCCUAGUCAUCCCUAGUCAUCCCAGUCAUCCCUAGUCAUCCCUAGUCAUCCCAGUCAUCCCUAGUCAUCCCCAGUCAUCCUUAGUCAUCCCUAGUCAUCCCAGUCAUCCACAGUCAUCCCUAGUCAUCCUAGUCAUACUUAGUCAUCGCAGACAUCCUUAGUAAUCCUUCGUCUUUCCUAGUCAUCCUAAGUCAUCCCUAGUCACCCGUAGUCAUCCCAGUCAUCCUUAGUCAUCCCAGUCAUCCCUAGCCAUCCUCCGUUAUCCCUAGUCAUCCUUAGUCAUCCUAGUAAUCCCUAGUUAACCCAGUAAUCCCUAGUAAUCCUUCGUCAUUCGUAGUCGUCCCUAGUCAUCCCUAGUCGUCCCAGUCAUCCUUAGUCAUCCUUAGUUAUCCCUAGUCAUCCCAGUCAUCCCUAGUCAUCCCCAGUCAUCCCUAGUCAUCCCAGUCAUCCGUAGUCAUCCCUAGUCAUCGCAGUCAUCCAUAGCGAUCCCUAGUCAUCCCAGUCAUCCGUAGUCAUCCCUAGACAUCCCCAGUCAUCCCUAGUCAUCCCAGUCAUCCCUAGUCAUCCCUAGUCAUCCCAGUGAUCCCUAGUCAUCCUAAGUCAUCCUUAGUCACCCGUAGUCAUCCCAGUCAUCCCUAGUCAUCCCAGUCAUCCCUAGCCAUCUUCCGGCAUCCCUAGUCAUCCCAGUCAGCCUUAGUCAUCCCUAGUCAUCCCUAGUCAUCCUUAGUCAUCCCUAGUCAUCCCUAGUGAUCCACAGUCAUCCAUAGUCAUCCUAGUCAUCCCUAGUCAUCCCAGACAUCCCUUGUCAUCCUUCGUCAUUCCUAGUCAUCCCUAGUGAUCCCUAGUCAUCCCUAGUUAUACCCAGUCAUCCCUAGUCGUCGUAGUCAUCCCUAGUCAUCCCACUCAUUCCUAGUCAUCCCUUGUCAUCUCUAGUCACCCCUAGUCAUCCCAGUCAUCCGUAGUCAUCCCAAGUCAUCCCUAGUCAUCCCUAGCCAUCCUAGGCAUCCCUAGUAAUCCCAAGUCAUCCCUCGUCAUCCCUAGUCAUCCCAGUCAUCCCAAGUCAUCCCUAGUCAUCCCUAGUCAUCCUAGUCAUCCCUAGUAAUCCCAAGUCAUCCCUCGUCAUCCCUAGUCAUCCCGGUCAUCCCUAGUCAUCCCAGUCAUCCCUUGUCAUCCUUCUUCAUCCCUAGUCAUCCCGAUUCAUCCCAGUCAUCCCUAGUCAUCCCAGUCAUCCCUAGUCAUCCCGCUCAUCCCUAGUCAUCCCUAGUCAUCCUAGUCAUCCCUAGUCAUCCCAGUCAUACCUAGUCAUCCCUAGCAAUCCCAGUCAUCCGUAGUCAUCCCUAGUCAUUCCCGUCAUCCCUAGUCAUCCCUAGUGAUCCGUAGUCAUGCCAGUCAUACCUAGUCAUCCCUAGACAUCCCAGUCAUCCCUAGUCAUUCCUAGUCAUCCCAGUCAUCCCUAGUCAUCCCAGUCAUCCCUAGUUAUCCCCAGUCAACCCUAGUCAUCCUUAGUCAUCCCAGUCAUCCACAGUCAUGCCUAGUCAUCCUAGUCUUACUUAGUGAUCCUAGAGAUCCUUAGUCAUCAUUAGUAAUUCCUAGUCAUCCCUGGUCAUCCCUUGUCAUCCCUACGCAUCCCUAGUCAUCCCUAGUCAUUCUAGUCAUCCCUCGUCAUCCCAGUCAUCCCUCGUCAUCCCAGUCAUCCCAGUCACCCCUAGUCAUCCUUUGUCAUUCCUAGUCAUCCCUAGUCAUCCCUAGUCAUCCCAGUCAGCCUUGUCAUCUUUCGUCAUAUGUAGUCAUCCCAGUUAUCCCUAGUCAUCCCAGUCAUCCCUAGUCAUCCUAAGUCAUCCCUAGUCAUCCGUAGUCAUUCCAGUCAUCCCUAGUCAUCGCAGUCAUCCCUAGCCAUCCUCCGUCAUCCCUAGUCGUCCCAGUCAUCCCUAGUCAUUCUUAGUCAUCCUUAGUCAUCCCUAGUCAUCCCUAGUCAUUUCUAGUCAUCCACAGUCAUCCCUAGUCAUCCUAGUCAUCCCAGACAUCCCUAGUGAUCCUUCGUCAUUCCUAGUCAUCCCUAGUGAUCCCUAGUCAUCCCUAGUCAUCCCAGUCAUCCUUAGUUAUACCCAGUCAUCCCUAGUCAUCUAAGUCAUCCCUAGUCAUCCCAGUCGUCCUUAGUCAUCCUUAUUCAUCCCUUGUCAUCUCUAGUCAUCCCUAGUCAUUCCCGUCAUCCCUUGUCAUCCUUAGUCAUCCCCAGUCAUCCCUAGUCAUCCCAGUCAUCCCUAGUCAUCCCAAGUCAUCCCUAGUCAUCCCUAGUCAUCCUAGUCAUCCCUAGUAAUCCCAAGUCAUUCCUGGUUAUCCCUAGUCAUCUAAGUCAUCCCUAGUCAUCCCAAGUCAUCCCUAGUCAACCCUAGUCAUCCUAGUCAUCCCUAGUAAUCCGAAGUCAUCCCUCGUCAUUCCUAGUCAUCCCAGUCAUCCCUAGUGAUCCUUCUUCAUCCCUAGUCAUCCCGAUUCAUCGCAGUCAUCCCUAGUCAUCCCAGUCAUCCCUAGGCAUCCCGCUCAUCCCUAGUCAUCCCUAGCCAUCCUAGUCAUCCCUAGUCAUCCCUAGUCAUCCUAGUCAUACCUAGUCAUCCCUAGACAUCCCAGUCAUCCGUAGUCAUCUCUAGUCAUUCCCGUCAUCCCUAGUCAUCCCUACUGAUCCGUAGGCAUGCCACUCAUACCUAGUCAUCCCUAGUCAUCCCAGUCAUCCCUAGUCAUUCCUAGUCAUCCCAGUCAUCCCUAGUCUUCCCCAGUCAUCCUUAGUCAUCCCUAGUUAUCCCAGUCAUCCACAGUCAUCCCUAGUCAUCCUAGUCAUUCUUAGUCAUCGCAGACAUCCUUUGUCAUCCUUCGUCUUUCCUAGUCAUCCUAAGUCAUCCCUAGUCACCCGUAGUCAUCCCAGUCAUCCCUAGUCAUCCCAGUCAUCCCUAGCCAUCCUCCGUCAUCCCUAGUCAUCCCUAGUCAUCCUAGUAAUCCCUAGUCAUCCCAGUCAUCCCUAGUAAUUUUUCGUCCUUCUUAGUCGUCCCUAGUCAUCCCUAGUCAUCCCAGUCAUCCUUAGUCAUCCUUAGUCAUCCCUAGUCAUCCCAGUCAUCCCUACUCAUCCCCAGUCAUCCCUAGUCAUCCCAGUCAUCCGGAGUCAUCCCUAGUCAUCCCAGUCAUCCCUAGUGAUCCGUAGUCAUCCCAGUCAUCGCUAGUCAUCCCUAGUGAUCCGUAGGCAUGCCAGGCAUACCUAGUCAUCCCUACUCAUCCCAGUCAUCCCUAGUGAUUCCUAGUCAUCCCAGUCAUCCCUAGUCAUCCCAGUCAUCCACAGUCAUCCCUAGUCAUCCUAGUCAUACUUAGUCAUCGCUGACAUCCUUAGUCAUCCUUCGUCAUUCCUAGUCAUCCGUAGUCAUCCUUACUUAUCACUAGUCAUCCCUAGUCAUCCCAGUCAUCGGUAGUCAUCCCAGUCAUCCCUAGUGAUACCCAGUGAUCCCUAUUCAUACUCAGUCAUCCCUAGUCAUCCUUAGUCAUCCCAGUCAUCCUUAGUCAUCCUUAGUCAUCCUUAGUCAUCUCUGGUCAUCCCCAGUCUUCCCAGUCAUCCCUAGUCAUCCCCAGUCAUCCCUAGUCAUCCCAAUCAUCCGUUGUCAUCCCUAGUCAUCCCAGUCAUCCCUAGUUAUCCCUAGUCAUCCCAGUCAUCCCCAGUCAUCCCUAGUCAUCCCUAGUGAUCCGUAGGUAUGCCAGUCAUACCUAGUCAUCUCUAGUGAUCCCAGUCAUCCCUAGUGAUUGCUAGUCAUCCCAGUCAUCCGUAGUCAUCCCAGUCAUCCCUAGUCAUCGCUAGUCAUCCCUACUCAUCCCAGUCAUGCACAGUCAUCCCUAGUCUUCCUAGUCAUACUUAGUCAUCGCAGACAUCCUUAGUCAUCCGUAGUCAUUCCUAGUUAUCCGUAGUCAUCCCUAGUCAUCCCUACUCAUCCCUAGUCAUCCCUAGUCAUCCCAGUCAUCGGUAUUCAUCCCAGUCAUCCCUAGUCAUACCCAGUCAUCCCUAGUCAUCCCAGUCAUCCCUAUUCAUCCCUAGUCAUCCCAGUCAUCCUUAGUCAUCCUUAGUCAUAUCUGGUCAUCCCCAGUCUUCCCAGUCAUCCCUAGUCAUCCCCAGUCAUCCCUAGUCAUCCCAAUCAUCCGUUGUCAUCCCUAGUCAUCCCAGUCAUCCCUAGUGAUCCCUAGUCAUCCCAGUCAUCCCCAGUCAUCCCUAGUCAUCCCUAGUGAUCCGUAGGUAUGCCAGUCAUACGUAGUCAUCUCUAGUGAUCUCAGUCAUCCCUAGUGAUUCCUAGUCAUCCCAGUCAUCCGUAGUCAUCCCAGUCAUCCCUGGUCAUCCCUAGUCAUCCCUACUCAUCCCAGUCAUCCACAGUCAUCCCUAGUCUUCCUAGUCAUACUUAGUCAUCGCAGACAUCCUUAGUCAUCCGUAGUCAUUCCUAGUCAUCCGUAGUCAUCCCUAGUCAUCCCUACUCAUCCGUAGUCAUCCCUAGUCAUCCCAGUCAUCGGUAUUCAUCCCAGUCAUCCCUAGUCAUACCCAGUCAUCCCUAGUCAUCCCAGUCAUCCCUAUUCAUCCCUAGUCAUCCCAGUCAUCCUUAGUCAUCCUUAGUCAUCCUUAGUCAUCCUUAGUCAUCUGUGGUCAUCCCUAGUCUUCCCAGUCAUCCCUAGUCAUCCCCAGUCAUCCCUAGUCAUCCAAGUCAUCCCUAGUCAUCCCAGUCAUCCCUAGUCAUCCCUAGUCAUCCUAGUAAUCACUAGUCAUCCCAGUCAUCCCUAGUAAUCCUUCGUCAUUCCUAGUCGUCCCUAGUCAUCCCUUAUCAUCCCAGUCAUCCUUAGUCAUCGUUAGUCAUCCCUAGUUAUCUCAGUCAUCCCUAGUCAUCGCCAGUCAUCCCUAGUCAUCCUAGCCAUCCGUAGUCAUCUCUAGUCAUCCCAGUCAUCCGUAGCAAUCACUUGUCAUCUCAGUCAUCCCUAGUGAUCCCUAGUCAUCCCAGUAAUCCGUAGUCAUCCCUAGUCAUCCCCAGUCAUCCCUAGUUAUCCCUAGUCAUCCCAGUCAUCCCUAGUCAUCCCUAGUGAUCCUAGUCAUCCGUAGUCAUCCCUAGUCAUCCCAGUCAUCCCUAGUCAUCCUUUGUCAUCCCAGUCAUCCCUAGUCAUCCCUAGUCAUCCCAGUCAUCCGUAGUCAUCCCUAGUCAUCUCCAGUCAUCCCUAGUCAUCCCAGUCAUCCCUAGUUAUCCCUAGUCAUCCUAGUCAUCCCUAGUCAUCCCAGUCAUUCCAGAUAUCCCUAGUCAUCCUUCGUCAUUCCUAGUCAUCCUCAGUCAUCCCUAGUCAUCCCUAGUCAUCCCAGUCCCCCUCGUCAUCUUUCGUCAUCUCUAGUCAUCCCAGUCAUCCAUAGGCAUCCACAGUCAUCCCUAGUCAUCCCAGUCAUCCCUGGUCAUCCCUAGUCAUUCCAGUCAUCCGUAGUCAUCCCUAGCCAUCCUACUUAUUCCGAGUCAUCCGAGUCAUCCCUAGUCAUCCUUCGUCAUCCCUAGUCAUCCCAGUCAUCCCUAGUCAUCCCUAGUCAUCCCAGUCAUCCUUAGUCAUGCUUAGUCAUCCUUAGUCAUCUGUGGUCAUCCCUAGUCUUCUAAGUCAUCCCUGGUCAUCCCCAGUCAUCCCUAGUCAUCCAAGUCAUCCCUAGUCAUCCCAGUCAUCCGUAGUCAUCCCUAGUCUUCCUAGUAAUCACUAGUCAUUGCAGUCAUCCCUAGUAAUCCUUCGUCAUUCCUAGUCGUCCCUAGUCAUCCCUAAUCAUCCCAGCCAUCCUUAGUUAUCCCUUGUUAUCCCAGUCAUCCCUAGUCAUCGCCAGUCAUCCCUAGUCAUCCUAGCCAUCCGUAGUCAUCUCUAGUCAUCCCAGUCAUCCGUAGCCAUCACUAGUCAUCCCAGUCAUCUCUAGUGAUCCCUAGUCAUCCCAGUAAUCCGUAGUCAUCCCUAGUCAUCCCCAGUCAUCCCUAGUUAUCCCUAGUCAUCCCUAGUCAUCCCUAGUCUUCCUAGUCAUCCUUAGUCAUGCCUAGUCAUCCCAGUCUUCCCUUGUCAUCCUUCGUCAUCCCAGUCAUCCCUAGUCAUCCUUAGUCAUCCCAGUCAUCCCUAGUCAUCCCUAGUCAUAUCCAGUCAUCCCUAGUCAUCCCAGUCAUCCCUAGUUAUCCCUAGUCAUCCUAGUCAUCCCUAGUCAUCCCAGUCAUCCCAGUUACCCCUAGUCAUCCUUCGUCAUUCCUAGUCAUCCCCAGUCAUCCCUAGUCAUCCCUUGUCAUCCCAGUCACCCUCGUCAUCUUUCGUCAUCUCUAGUCAUCCCAGUCAUCCCUAGGCAUCGCCAGUCAUCCCUAGUCAUUCCAGUCAUCCGUAGUCAUCCCUAGCCAUCCUACUUUUUCCGAGUCAUCCCAGUCAUCCCUAGUCAUCCUUAGUCAUUCCUAGUCAUCCCUAGUCAUCCUUAGUGAUCCCUAGCCAUCCCGAGUCGUCCCUAGUCAUCGCAGGCAUCCGUAGUCAUCCCAGUCAUCCCUAGUCAUCCCCAGUCAGCCCUACUUUUCCCAGUCAUCCUUAGUCAUCCCUAGUCAUCCCUGUCAUCCCUAGUCAUCCCUAGUUAUCCCCAGUCAUCCCUAGUCAUCUUAGUCGUCCCUAGUCAUCCCAGUCAUCCCUAGUCAUCCUUAGUCAUCUCUAGUCAUCCCUAGUCAUGCCAGUCAUCCGUAGUCAUCCCUAAUCACCCCCGGUCAUCUCUAGUCAUCCCAGUCAUCCCUAGUCAUGCCACGUCAUCCCUAGUCAUCCCUAGUCAUCCCUAGUCAUCCUAGUCAUCCCUAGUAAUCCCUCGUCAUCCCUCGUCAUCCCUAGUCAUCCCAGUCAUCCCUAGUCAUCCCAAGUCAUCCCUAGUCAUCCUAGUCAUCCCUAGUAAUUCCAAGUCAUCCCUCCUCAUCCCUAGUCAUAUCUGUCAUCCCUAGUCAUCCCUUGUCAUCCCUUCUUCAUCCCUAGUCAUCCCGAUUCAUCCCAGUCAUCGCUAGUCAUCCCGCUCAUCCAUAGUCAUCCGUUGUCAUCCUAGUCAUCCCUAGUCAUCCCAGUCAUACCUAGUCAUCCCUAGACAUCCUAGCCAUCCGUAGUCAUCCCUAGUCAUCCCAGUCAUCCCUAGUCAUCCCAGUCAUUCUUAGUGAUCCCCAGUCAUCCCAGUGAUCCGUAGUCAUCCCUAGUCAUCCCCAGUCAUCUUUAGUCAUCCCUAGUCAUCCCAGUCAUCCUUAGUCAUCCCUAGUCAUCUUAGUAAUCCCUAGUCAUCCCAGUCAUCCCAGUCAUCCCAGUCAUGCCUAGUCAUUCCAGUCAUCCCUUUUCAUUCCUAAUCAUCCCUUGUUAUUCUAGUCAUCCCAGUUAUCUUUAGUCAUCCAUAGGCAUACCAGUCAUCCCUAGUCAUCCCUAGCCAUCCCUGAUCAUCCCUAGUGAUCCCUAUUCAUCCAAGUCAUCCCUAGUCAUCGCUAGUCAUCCCUAGUCAUUCUUGUCAUCUCUUGUCAUUCAAGUCAUCCCUAGUCACCCUUAGUCAUCUCAGUCAUCCUCAGUCAUGCCUAGUCAUCCCUUGUAAUCCCUAAUGAUCCCUAGCCGUUCUACUCAUCCCUAGUCAACCCAGUCAUCCCUAGUCAUCCCUAGUCAUCCGAGUCAUCCCUAGGCAUACCAUUCAUUUCUAGUCAUCCUUUGUCAUCCUUAGCCAUAUCCAGUCAACCCUAGUCAUCCCAGUCAUCCCUAGUCAUCCUAGUUACCCUAGUCACCUAAAUCAACUUAGUCACCCUAGUCAUUCCAGUUACCCUUGUCACCCAAGUCAUCCUAAUCACACUAGUCAUCCUAGUCACCCAAGUCACCGUAGUCAUCUUAGGCACCUUGGUUAUCCUAUUCCUGCUAGUCACCCAAGGCGCCCUAGUCGCCCAAGGCGCCCUAGUCACCCUAGUCACCGAAGUCAUCCUAGUCACGUAAGUCACCCUAGUCACCCUAGUCAUCCUAGACACACUAGUUAUCCUAGUGAGCCGAGUUACCCUAGUCACCCAAGUCAUCCUAGUCACACCAUUCAUUCUAGUCACCCAAGUCAUCCUAGUCACUCAAGUCAUCCUAGUCACCCUAGUUACCCAAGUCAUCCUAGUCACCUAAGUCAUCAUCCUAGGCACCCAAGUGAUCCUAGUCACCCUUGUCAACCUAUGCUCCCAAGUCAUCCUAGUCACCCUAGUCACCCUAGUCAUCUUAGUCACCCUAGUGCCCCAAGUCACCCUAGUCAACUAAGUCAUCCUGGUCACUCUAGUCACCCAAGUCAUUCUAGUCACCCAAGUCAUCGUAGUCAUCGUAGUCACCCAAGUCAUCUCAGUCACCCUAGUCAUGCUAGUCACCCAAGUCAUCCUAUUCAUCCUAGUCACUUAAGUCACCCAAGUCACCCUAGUUACCCAAGUCACUGAACUCACCCCAGCCACCCAUGUCACUCUUGUCACCUUGGGCACCCAAUUCACCGUAGUCACGGAAGUCACCUUAGUUACCCUAGUGAGGGAAAUGCAAGUCACCUAAGUUACCCAGGCUAUGUGGCAGCCUCUUUCCUGAGAACAACGCCGAGAAAAUUGGGAAAUAGUGUGUUCUUUUUGUUGGUAAUGAUGCACCUUGUGUUGAGACAAUUGUUUUAAUUUCACUGCCUGCUAGAUACUUUCAAUAUUCCUCUUGUCCAUUCAUCUAUAUCAGUUGACGACUUUUACCCGCACAGUGAGAAUAUUCCGAAUUCGUGACCUCUAAAACCUGCAGAGUUGUGACUGCGCAAACGGUGAUUCUUCAUUACCCAGAGGAAGCGUUUUCCCUUUUAAUUUCAGGAAAAAGUUUUGCAGAAAAGCCUUAAAACCUGGGAACCCAUUAUACCAGUGAAACCCGUAAACCACUAAACCCCUUAAAACUGAGUUAACCAGCGCAACGAAAGAAAACGCUUAAACCCAGGAAACUAUAGAAAACCCCCUCCCUGACCUAAAGAGUUUUUAUGUCAUAUGAACUUCGUGACUACAUUAUGUUAGACCAAAACAGGUAUGACGCUAGUCUUAAUGGAGCUGUUGACCAAUCUGUGUUUAUGCUGUUCUUAAAGGGGAGCAAUGGUGUUGCAGUGGUGAGAACACUCUUCUCCCACCAAUAUGGACCCGGUUCAAAUCUUGACGUCGAUGCCAUAUGUGGGUUCAGUUUGUUGUUGUUUUCUCCUUUGCUCCGGGAGGUCUUUUUACUGGGUACUUCGGUUUUCCCCUCUCCACAAAAACCACCGUUUUCAAAUUCCAGUUCUACCAGAAAUGGUACAUGAAGGACCGACCUGUGGAUGUGCUGGCUCUAAAUCUAUUUAUUAAUAGUGUUUAUUUAUUUAUUUUAAUUAUCGCUACAAGAGGCAGUAUUUUUUCAGUAUUGAAUCAGAUACAUGUAGUCAAUCGUCCCUCUAUGCCGUUGACCCUUACAUGCGGUCGAUUAAAUCCUAUCUUUCACUUAAUGUUAUAGAUCAUCAUUGGAAAGCAACUUGCUGUCUUCAAGAAAGGCUACAACUCUCCAGGUGUAUUCACUGAAGAAAUGAACGCCCCAUCGCAGCCCUGUAGAGCUGUAAUCACGAUACAACUUACCACGCAACAUGGACAGUGUUUUCACAGCUUGCUGCAUGCCAGGUUAGAAACGUUUAUGUUGCAGGUUGUCAGGCAAUCAAAUUCUGUAACCGACAAAAUAGACCGGCAUUUUCGUGUGUGAACAGUGCAGAAGAAUAUUCAUGGCUUGUGGUCGUCAGAUGUGAGUUUUACACAGGUGGUGGUUAGAGCUGAUCUUGGUCCAUUUGUCUCGUUGAAGUUCCUGUUUGGAUUUGUUAAUACGCGUUUUUAGUUUUUCAUUGGUUUGUAGCUUCUUACCGAUCGCAGCCGUGUAGAUUCAGCGAUACCAAAACAUUACCCAUGCUGCUUUUACCUUGGUCAGCUAAGCCAAACAUGUCAAGCUUUGGCUAUAAAAACCGCUACUACUUGGUUUAUUAGUCAGUUAGGAGUUAGUUUUGUCAGUAAGAACUGUAAAAGUUAAGAAGAAUAGGAAAGCAAAGGCAAAGAUGUAAAAUAGGCUCUUGGUACCUACUCGCUUAGCAAGCGAUUUGCGCAAACCCCCGCACACAUAUAGACGAUUCUGAAGCUGUUACAGAAAGGUUUACUAGUACAGACGAUAACGUCUGGGCAAUUUGUGGUAUUGAUUACAUUUCAGAUUAAGGUUUCUGGACAGUCAUUCUCGAUUUUAAUUCGUUGGUAAAUGAUUCGUAUCCUUCGAAUCGUCUACGUGACGCAAGAUUUUCUCUCAAACAAGCAACGCGUUGUUAAAUUUGUCUUGAGAGUAAACAAACGGACGGUCUCGGGAUUAUUUUAAUUGCAUGAUGGUUUCUGUAUGCAUGUUCUCAAAGGCUUGGCAUGUUUUGUUUGCUUGUGCGACAUCCUUUCCACAAAAACGUAAAAAAUUCUACGGUUGCUCCUACGUUUCUGCAGAUAGAAACGAAACCUAUUUAUCAGGGCUUCAUUGAAAGUGAUAUUUUUCAGUGCAAAAAAUGCUAUUCAUCCUAUUUUUAGUUUUAACCUCGAUUUCAAAGACGAUCUUGCCUGGCUGCUGAUUGUGCCAUUUGUAACAACUGGUAUUUUGCUGCUAGUUCUUCAUGGCUGGACUCAACUUAAUCCAGAUUUACUGCCAACUGUAAUGACGAAGAUAAAAAGGUAG